UAUUUAAAAACUCUUAUGUUUACAGUCAAUAAUACAAGUCAUUCUAAUGGUUGUAGAAAUUUGUUGGAUGUUAAGCCUUUUUUUUUCUUUCUUCUUCAGGUCAUUCGUAAAGAACCAGGCCACAGUAGGGCAAGAGUGUUUAAAGAGGUAGAAACAUUCCAUCAUUGUCAUGGCCGUCAAAACAUUAUCCAGUUAAUUGAAUUUUUUGAAGAAGAUGACAGAUUCUAUUUGGUCUUUGAAAAAGUCAAAGGAGGACCUCUUCUUGCUCACUUGGAGAAACGGGUAUACUUCACAGAGCAUGAAGCAAGUUUGGUUAUAAGAGAUGUGGCCAGUGCUUUGAAGUUUUUACAUCACAAAGGAAUUGCUCAUAGAGACCUCAAGCCUGAAAACUUACUAUGUUACAGUGAAGAUGAGGUUUGCCCUGUUAAAAUUUGUGAUUUUGACUUGGGAAGUGGAAUUGUUUUUGGAAGUACAACCCCAGUCAGUACUCCAGAGCUGUUAACUCCUGUGGGCUCAGCCGAGUUUAUGGCCCCAGAAGUGGUAGAAGCUUUCAUUGGAGAAGCCACUCCUUAUGAUAAACGAUGUGAUAUGUGGAGCUUGGGUGUAAUCAUGUAUAUAUUGCUGUGUGGAUACCCUCCUUUUUACGGGCGAUGUGGAAGCGAUUGUGGAUGGGAGCGUGGCGAGUUUUGUGAGGCAUGUCAAGAGAUGCUCUUCACCUGUAUCCAAGAGGGUGAUUAUGAUUUUCCAGAGCGAGAAUGGUCCUGUGUUUCUGAAGAAGCUAAAGACUUGAUACGGCAUUUGUUGGUAAAAGAUGCGAGUCAGCGUUACACGGCCGAGAUGGUUUUAAAUCAUCCGUGGGUAGCACAUGGGGGACCAACCAAGCCAUUAGAUACACCUAGUAUCUUGAGGAGGUGUGUAUUUUAAUAUAACUAUCAUUUA